GUGCGAUGGACAUUACCGAAGAGGAGGAGGUUUGGCUCGUGACCAACGCCGAAAGCACCCUGACCUACAAGGCCUGGACACACGCAAAGUGGCAAGCUCUUGGUGAGCCGGUGGAUUUCAAGUGGCAUAGCACACCCGCAUCCAGACGGCUGCAGAACGUCACCACCGACGGUCCUCCUGAUGACAAAGAAGACGGAGGCCUGGUGCAGUACAAGUGGGACGGGCAGUGGUGGACGCUCGCAUUCAUAUACAAGAGCGACGAGGGAGGAUCCGAUAACGUGUUCACGCCCCCACGUCUGCAGGAGAUGUGCCGCCUCGAGGCCCUGGUUCUGAAGCAGCCCCUCACCUGGGCCGUGAGCGACUCGGCGCCGCGCCUCUUCUACGAGGACACGGCCGAGCACGCGAGCUGCCCCGAGCUGGACCAGGACGCGGUCAGCGCGAAGCUGGAGGAGAUGCACCUGGACGUGGCCGCGAGGGGCGCUGCCUCGCAGUACGCCAGAUUCGUCCACCCGUCCUUUGCCAGCACCGGCACGAGUGCAUACAGUCGCACCGUGAUGGAGGUCAUCGGUCCCAAGGGCAGGGACGCGGAGGACCACAAAAGGCAGGUCACCGAUGACGUCAUCCUGAAGGACCUCGGCCUGUCGUACGGCUUCCUCCGCUCGGCGUUGCAGGCCGAGGCGGACCGAUUCAGCAGCCGUCCGGACCGCUGCGGGUGA